UCAAGAUGGUUCUUGCUAAGAGCUGGACCCUGAAGAAGCAUUUUGAAGGCAGCCCCACAAAUGAUAACUUUGAAUUGAAGACAGCAGAGCUCCCACCCUUGAAAGAUGGAGAAGUCCUGCUUGAAGCUUUGUUCCUCACUGUGGAUCCUUACAUGAGAUUGACAGCCAAAAGAUUGAAGGAAGGUGAUAAAAUGAUGGGGCAGCAAGUAGCCAGAGUUGUGGAAAGUAAAAACUCAGCCUUUUCUGUCGGGACUGUUGUUCUGGCUUUUUCAGGCUGGACAACACACUCCAUUUCUGAUGGGAAAGAACUGGAAAAGCUGCCAACAGAGUGGCCGGAUACAUUACCACUGUCUUUGGCUCUGGGGACAGUUGGCAUGACAGGCCUAACAGCCUACUUUGGCUUACUUGAUAUCUGUGGUGUAAAGGGUGGAGAAACAGUGAUGGUUAAUGCAGCAGCAGGAGCAGUGGGAGCUGUUGUUGGACAGAUAGCUAAACUCAAGGGCUGUAAAGUGGUUGGAGCAGCUGGGUCUGAUGACAAGGUUGCCUACCUUAAACAGCUUGGAUUUGAUGUUGCCUUUAACUACAAGACAGUAGACUCUUUGAAAGACACUUUGAAAAAAGCAUCUCCUGAUGGUUAUGAUUGCUAUUUUGAUAAUGUGGGUGGAGAGUUUUCAAAUACUGUUAUCCCCCAGAUGAAAAAAUUUGGAAGAAUUGCACUAUGUGGGGCCAUUUCUACAUAUAACAGUACUCAUCCACUUCCCCCAGGCCCACCCCCAGAGAUUGUCAUCUAUCAGGAACUCCGCAUGGAAGGGUUCAUCGUCACCCGCUGGCAAGGGGACGUACGCCAGAAGGCUCUGAAAGACUUGAUGAAAUGGGUCUUAGAGGGUAAAAUCAAAUACUGCGAAUACAUCAAAGGAGGAUUUGAAAACAUGCCAGCUGCAUUUAUGGGAAUGCUGAAAGGAGAGAAUUUGGGGAAAACAAUAGUGAAGGCAUGAGAAAGGACACAAGGAUCUAAAGAUGAUUUGGAUGAUUGCUUAAUUUGUAUUUUCCACCAUUAAAUAAAACCGUAUGCUGCCUUAAAUAUCUAAGUAAUAACAACUGUAAUGAGUUUGACCCACCAAAUAAAAGAAAUUUAA